AUGGAGGAAUUCUUGCACGAUUACGGAUUAGUGUGGGUGGGGACGCAAACAGAUGCGCAACACCAACCAAUUGACAUACAGGAAAACUCGACAUGGAAUACAGGCUCUUCUGUGAAAAAUCCUGAUACACUGGAAAAGAUUGUCAAAAAUAUUGGACUACUCAAUCUUGGGAUUGGUGCUGGUGAGGCUAAAGUUAUUCGAGAUCCAAAUGAUCCCAAACUGGCGUAUUUAAAAGAACAAGAUGCAAUCUCACUAACACUGUACGCUGAUGGAAUUAGUCUGUGUGAGGGUCCGUUUCGGCCAUUUACACAACAUGAAACACUCCAGUUUGUACAGGACAUUCUGGAUGGGUUCUUUCCGUCGGAAUUGGAAUCCCUGCAUCCGGAUGGUGUGGCAUUCAAAUUGAUUGAUAAACGGCAAAUUGAGUUUUUGAAAACACGUCGUCUGGUGCCAAAAGCACAAAAGUUAGGUGGCUGUGGAAAGAGUUCUUGCCUGAUAGAUUUACCGAGCACCGAAACCACGACCAAAAACGGCCACGAUGGCCAUUUUAAAACGGACACUUCGAAUAUCUCUCACAAACUAGCUGAACAUUCUACCUCCGAGCCAGACGAAAUCCAGUCUAGGUAA